AGCUUGGCGGAGACAGAGACCUUUGUGGAGGGUGCCUAGGGGGUGGACUCUCGCCUAUCUUCUCUAUGGGAUCCACGGGAUAGUCCCAUGAUCCUAGGAGAGGGUAGACGUGAGCCAGCCUGAAGAAACGUCAAGCAGAGCCCCAGGAAUAAACCGCGAAAUCCCUAAGGAUCCAAAAGGAUCUGCAGGAUGUCUCAGGCCUGUCUAGUCGUUGUAGGGAUAUGGACACUAUUGAUGGGAGCGGCUGGCCAUCUGGAGUGGCAGUUGCCAUCAUGCCAGUAGCGCUUGGGCCGCACGGGCAGUGUUGUCAGGAGCAGCAGCAGGAGCAGCAGUGGCGGUGGAACGUCUCCGGAUGCCAGGACUUGAAAUGGGCCAACCAGGAUGGCGAAACCACAGGCAGAGUCCGGGGAAGCAGAGCGGCAUCCCAUCCUCAGGCCUGACCGGAUGGUGUUCGGGUUUGUGAAGGCCUGGACACAUGAGGAGAUGCGUUUGUCCCGGAGCAAUUGGACUAUCAUCCCCAUCCUUAGCAGCUUCUUUUCCAGGAUCAAGAUGAUGACACUCCAGCCUAGGACAAAGGCCCCACAGGAGCUCAUUGUCCUGCAGGAGAGGAGCAGACCCACGUCAGAGAAGAUGGCUGUAUCUUUUCACGGCUCUUCUCUGAGAAAUGAAGCCAUACCACGAUACAGUCUUGAAGAGGAAGCCGGGAAUGGGAGAUGGCAGCAAUCCCUGUCCCUGUGACGCUGGCCUCUCUGGACAAGUCACCCAUUUGGCACCUCUCCCCUUAUGUCCAUGGCAGUGGCACGGUGCUGUAUCCUCCCUGGGCUCUGACCUCUGCUCUGGCCACCCUGUUACUCUGUCUCCCCUGUUUCUGAGAGGCCUAGAUGCCUCUUGAUCUGGCUGAAUGUCUUCAACAAAGCUCACUUCCCUGUCCAUCAGGGAGACAGUUGGUGG